CCUAAGUGUGGACACAGGGUGUGAUGAGAAGAAGCUGCGGGACAGAGUCUCGGUCUUGAGACUAGGAGGACCCACACCCUCCCCUCCCCACUCCCCUCCGCAGUAAUCCGGAAGCAGGGAGUGUUUGAGCUGAGGCCGGAAGCAGGAAGUGUUUGAGCUGAGAUCACUCAGAGUUCCCUGCAUCUGAGACCCUUCCCCCUUCCCUGAGAGAUGGGAGCCCCUCCCUAUCCUUGGAACUGAGAUCCCCCUGCCCUCCGUGAAGCUGAGAUCCCUCUGCUUUCCCUCCAUUCUCUGGGCGCUGGGAUCCCCCUCUCCUCCCCGCAGUUGAGAUUUCUGUGCCUUCCCUUGAAUCUGAGGUCCCCCUGCCUUUCUUGCAGCUAUGGUCCCCCUGCCCUCCGUGAAGCUGAGAUCACUCCCUUGAGUCAGAGAUCCCUCUCCCUUCCCCGGGCGCUGAGAUCAUCCUCCCUCGCCUGCAGCUGAGCUCUCUCUGCCUUCUGGAAGCCCGCUCUGUGCUCGAAGGUCCCAGGUGAGAGUCUCUCUCCUGAGAUCAGGACCAGGGCCUUUCUUACUGCUGUGGGGCCUCACCCUCUGGACAUCCUGGUAGGUCAGCCUCCUGCAUGGAAAGAGACUAGAGAUCCCUCUCUGGGAUCCUUCUUCCCCAGUUCAGUCUGCAGAAGACCAAAGCCUGGCCCAAUCAGGGAUUCUGGAGCCAGAUGGAAUGGCCCCUGGGAGCCCCAGACCCCCAGCCCAGGACUUGGUAACAUUCAGGGAUGUAGCUGUGGAUUUCACUCAGGAGGAAUGGGAGCUCUUGGACCCUCCUCAGAAGGAGUUGUACAAGAAGGUCAUGCUGGAGAAUGCCCGGAACCUGCUCUCUCUGGGGCUUCCAGUUCCCAGAGAAGUAAUCUCUUAUUUUGAAAAAAGAGAAGCAUCAUGGAUGCAGGAACAAAAGAGCUCGAGGAGCUGCUGUCCAGGCAGUGACUCUCUCGGAAGAGGUGAGAAGAGGAUCACAGUGAGGACAGUGUACCAAGUUAAUAUUUGGAACCUGAUGAUGGGUUCUGAUCCUGUCCAUUGUUACCAACCCAACUUAAGAAUGCAGAUAUCAGCCCUCAGACUACUUGGUGCUAAUGACAUAAACUGAGAUCUUUGGCCUUCAAACUCCCAGUUAAUUGGUUUCAUUCAAUUGAAGAUCUUGGUCAAUCACGCUCCAUUGAAUUGCCACAAAUGACUCUCAGUGGCUCAAACUCCCAGUUAAGUAAUCUCAUUCAAUUUUAAAUUGAAUUGAAAAUCAGUCUGUCAGGAGUUGGCCCCAGAAUUCUGGGCCAAAGAUCAAAGCAAGCCCCAAUAUA